UAUCGCCCAUCCUGCUUACACGAUACAUAAUACAUUUUUAGCAGGAAUCCUUAUCGAAGAUUCAUUAUAGUUCAAAGAUCAAAAGAAAUACUUAUAACAUCCAGUUCGAAGUCUCGUACGUAAUAAACAAAAUGCGUUUGUUCCUGCUGUGUUGGAUUUUGUGUUUAAGUUUAACAUUGGUAUCCUCAAACGUGACAUCAGAGGUUUCAAACGUGACAACAGAGGUUUCGAAUCUUAGCGUUGAAGGAUUAACCUCGGGAGAAGGUGAAGUUGAUGAAGAAGUUGUAGAAGAAAAUGUCGAAAAUGAGAAUACGUUGGAAGCGACGCCCAAAUUUGCUACGGAAUGUCUUACGCCAAAUUCCGCUCCUGGGCUAUGUAUAGAUAUCUUAAAGUGUUCACCACUUCUCAAACUACUUAACACUUCGAAAACAGACUAUAUAAAAUUGUCAUCAUGUGGACCUAAAAAUUAUCGUUUAUAUCCCAAAGUUUGUUGCGAACUAGGAAUUAACAAUUACAAAGAAAUAGUUUCAAAGGAAGUGUCGAUAUUACCAAACAAAUGCGGUUCAAUAAAAGUGACAAUGCAAACGAGAAUUCUAGGAGGGUCCAAUUCAGCCUUAGGUGAAUUUCCAUGGAUGGCCCUAUUGGUACACAAAAAAAAUGAAUUCACAUCAUUAGGCUGUUCGGCGUUUCUGAUCCAUAAGAAUUACGUACUAACUGCCGCUCAUUGCGUCCAUACUAACCUCACGGAAAUUAGAGGACCUGUAUUUGCCGUGAUAUUGGGCGAGCACAAUAUGAAAACCAAAGUUGACUGUAUACCCCCCGGAAAUUAUUGCGCUGAUCCCUUACAAGUUAGUCACAUUUCCAAAGUAAUCAUUCACCAAGAUUAUAACAUCGAAUCAACGGGCCAUUAUAACGACAUAGCCCUAAUACGUAUGAAGAAGGCAGCCAAAAAUACAGAUUUUGUGUCGCCAAUUUGUCUUAAAACUGAUAAGGCCCAAUCGGGUGAAUCUUAUAUAAUUAGCGGCUGGGGAAGAACAGAAACAGAUGCAUUUAGCAACGUUAAAAGAAAAGUGGAAAUACCGGCCGUGGAUAAUGAAACAUGCCGAAAAAAAUAUCGUGAAAUGGGUAUUGAAAUAAAAGAUACACAAAUUUGCGGUGGUGGUGAAAAAGGUAAAGAUAGUUGCACAGGCGAUUCCGGAGGGCCUUUGAUGAUUCAAAACGGUACUCAUUACGUGGCAGCAGGAAUCGUUAGUUACGGUAUUGGAUGUGGCAUAGAGAAUUGGCCAGGCGUUUAUACCAACAUUCCCAGUUACAUACCUUGGAUUGAAGAGCAAAUAAGUCUCAAUAAGAAGAAAAUACCAAACAUUCUUUCUCGGAAGCGCACUUCUCAUAGGAAGCAUUAAAAAAUACCAAAAC